ACAGUGUUUCGAAAUUAUCUCUGUCACACACACACACAAACAAACACACAACACACACACACACACAAUAUGCUAGACCUACACAAAUACUGUAAGACUGAUGGGCUUCUUUUAUUUGCAAUUUGAUAUAAUUUGCUGAUGCAAAUGUAACUUGCAAUUGUAGAGUAUAACCUGUCCUGACAGACUCAACUGAAACAGGUCUAUGCAUGGCUCCAUGUAUAGAACUUAUUUGUUGUCGCCUUGUUUUACAUGGUUGGUGUUUGCAUUCACGGUCUCACAGACUACUGUCAAAAGAGCAGACUAACUACCUCUUCCAUGACUUCCACAUGACGUGAAUCUCACAUUGCCUGGUUUGUGUUAGUCUGUGUCUGUAUUUUCCACCAGCUCUCAGUGUUGUGUGUGUCUUGUCAAAAUCGAAUCAAUUGGCACUUAUUUUACACUAUGGGCAACUGAAUUGCAAAGUAUUCAGAACUCAUUGACUGUAGAUUAAAUCCAGUGAUUUGUGUAUAUUUUCUUUUUUAAAUUAAGUUGAGAACUUCCCAACCAUCCAAAGUUGUGUGUGUGUGUGUGUGUGUGUGUGUGUGUGGCAACAUCCUAAAUAUUUGAAUUCUAUAUCUGGAUAAAAUAUCCUAUACUGGUCUGUGUUGUAGUAGGCUGCAGGUUACAACAGAUAUAAGAAUUCUGCCAACCCUACGUACUGGUGCAUGACCGCUCUACUGACAGAAGAUGGCGCUUCAAUGAGAGAAAAUGUGGUUGGGCUUGUCUCAAUAACAAUGGAUUAACUGUCAUCAUAGAACUGAAAGCUCUGAGACGUUUAUCAGGUUUCAACGUUGCCUGAACUGCUUAUGAAAUGGGAGAAAUGAUUGGUAGCUCAAGUUUAUGUGUCUGAUUGUUCUAAAUAUUAGAAGAGCUAUAUGGCUUCAUUCUCCUAGCCAAGUCAUAGGUUCUUACCCAGGUAUAUCACUAAACCGCGUACUUGGAAUACUUUUGUUUUCGCGUUUUCUUUUUGUCUUUGAGUUUUGCACUCCAGUGCCACAGCAGUUUGGCGGCUUUGAACAGAAAUAUAUGCAACCAUUAGAAAAGUCAUUUUUUACCCGGAGAUAUUUUCCCUAGUUUACCAGAUUCAGAGUGAUUAUGGCCGGAGGUGCAGUUAUCCACUCCGCACAGAGUCGGCGCUACUGUUGAUAUGGCACUCGAAACCAGCUGUGAUACUUGACAACCUCUGCGCCUAAGCAGAACUAUUCACUCCAUUGUUAUGUUUUUGUCAAGUUAAAUAAAGUUGGUUUAACAGGAUAAAGGUGACAGCCAUCUUUCUGACGAUAUCAAUUAAGCUUGGAAAGCACGAAUCUAGGGGUUAUCUUUAUGAAGGCAGAGAAGGAAGAGCAAGCAUGAAGCUAAGCAAACAAUGGGAUAUCGAGGUUGCCAUGGUCGUGGCAGGGGCAUUACACUUCCUGUAUUCCUGUGGUAGAGGCUGCCUGGUGCCUUUCCUCACCCUGUACCUCAGGCACUUGGGUCUCAGUGCCUACAUGGUUGGCAUUGUCAUGGGCACCCGGCACCUUAUCUCCCUGAUAUGGCACCCCCUCUCCAGCCUGCUGGCCAGGCACCAUGACAAGCGGCGGGCGGUCAUCAUAGGCUCGCUGGUCUGUUCUGCUGGACUAGGCUUGGCUUUCCUGCUCCUUCCGCCCACAGGGGAGGUCACCGGGGUCAGUGUCUGUAACUCCACCGCUCCCCUCGUCCCCAGACCCACCGCAGACCUUUCCAACAGUCUCCCAGUGGACCACAGACCAGUGUCCCCAGGGAUCGUCACUGCUGGUGUUCUUUCCAAAGAAAGGCUCACUAUGUCAGCUCAGCAUCUGACUGGCAUGGAUCAUGUAGGAAAUGCCAUCACCACCAUUGCCCAGGGCAGCAGUGAAAGUGGGAACACCAGUCCAAGUGUGUCUGUUAAUGUGGUGAGAAGAGAGAAGUACAGCAGGGGGAUCAUGGACGUCAAUAAUUCAAACGGGUAUGUUGCACCACACAGGAGAGCAGCCAGGUCUCAGACGCAGGACGAGGUGGAGGAGGAGGCCCAUUUUGAGUUCCUGGGCAGCCUUAAAGGGAUGGAUGCACAGCACCAGCUCUUCUUCCUGGUGCUAAUUGUGAUGGGACUAUGGGAGCUUGUGGCUACCCCUCUGGAGUGGACAGCAGAUGAUGGACUCUACGAGUACCUGGACUUUGUGGAUGCCACUGAGCACCAUGGUCGGGUGUGGAUGUGGAGACUGCUGGGUGGGGCCUGCGGUGUGUUUGGAGCUGGGCUCCUGGUCUCUAACCUGGGCUGCUUUCUGUUUGGGGGGGCUAGUGUUCCAAGGAGUGCUGUGCAUUUCUUUGGGUACGCACUACUGAUGCUUGUGACGAUCCCUGAAGCCAUAUUCCUUCCCCUCUACCUCAACCGCAAACAGGUGCGGCAGCGAGGAAGAAGGACAAAUAAUGGAGUCAAAGCGCUCCGGGUUGUCAAGGAGGACCCCCGCGCCCUUCUGUGUGCCAUCACGGCCUGCCUGGUGGGCGUUGCCGGUGCAGCCGUCGAGGACUUCCUGCCGUGGCAGAUGCAGGAUCACGGGAGUAGUGAGAUGCACAUCGGUGUGGCGCUGGGCAUGGCGCUGCUCUUCCAGGUGGUGUUUCCCCCGCUGCUCCGGACUGGACUGGUUUCACGGCUGCUGGGGCCCCACGGUCGACUCCUGCUCAUGGGCACCGCGAGCCGCGCGCUUCAGUGCCUCUACUACUCCUUCCUCUGGGGCCCAUGGUCCGUGCUCCCCGCCCAGGCUCUGGACUUCCUCAGCGUGAGCGCCUUCUGGUGGUCGCUGGAGGCACAGUGCAAGGAUGUCGCGACGCCAGGCACAGAAAGAGCCAUACAGCGGAUCUACCAGGCCCUGGCGCUGGAUCUGGGCGCCGGGCUGGGCAGCUUCGCAGGGGGGAUGGUGGUGCAGAGGUUCGGUGUGGCUGUGCUCUUUCAGGGCCUGGCUGCCUCGCUCGCCCUCUGGUGCCUCGUCCUCGGCCUCCUCCAGUGGAAGAUCCCCAGGCAGCGGAGGAUCAACUACUCCCGGCUCCUCGCAGCGGACGCCAGUCAGGAGAGCGACAGCGAGACAGACCAGGAAAGAGACUGGCUGGACAAAGCCAUAGAGGAAGAGAAUGGCAACAACAGUAACAGCCACAGAAAUAAAUACAGGUGAUGACUGGAAUGCACCAGCUGUUCUCAGAACAUUAUACUUAUUAAAGGUUUCAGCUAUUGUUUUGCUUAAUUUUGCCAUUAUAUUGGAAGUACUGAGAAGAAAUUAUUUUCAACCAAUAGAGGUUGCUGCAACUACUGUAUCUGUGAGACCAAAUCCAACGUCAAGUCCAAGUUCUUUCUUUGUUAUAUGUGCAGUGGCUACACAAUGAAACUCUUAGCUCAUUCCAUCUCCGGACGCUGCAGACACACUUAAAACGAAUAAUAACUAACAUAAAAUCACAGUAUAAAAAAAGGUAUGAAAACACAAUAUAAUCACAUGGACACACACACAUAGCAGUAAACACACACAUAAAAUAAACAUAAAAUGUAUAUUUACUUAUUUAGGAUAUAUGCAAAGUGACUGAUGCUUAGUGGCUGAUGUGCAUAUUUGCAUAAAGUGCAGUUUGUCCAUGCCAUGUGUGUGGUGGGGUACACGUGGGAGUGGGAGAGGGAGAGGGGGACAUUUAUUAAACACACUUGGGGGUACAUACUGUUUCAAGUCUGGAUGGUUUUGUACCUAUGCUUCAGCUGAGGAGAGUGUGGGUUGGGUGAGUUGGAUCCCUAAUGACACUGCAGGCCCAUAAGCAUAUGGUCAUAGAGGGGAAGUCUGUCCCUGUGACACUGCAGGCCCAUAAGAAUAUGGUCAUAGAGGGGAAGUCUGUCCCUGUGACACUGCAGGCCUAUAAGCAUAUGGUCAUAGAGGGGAAGUCUGCCCCUGUGAUUCUCUGUGCUGCCUUUACUACCUGCUGCAGUGCCUGUUUGAGUUAGUUGGUUAGAGUUAUUAAAGGUUAAAGUUGGUCAAAUGUAUGAACUCAUUUCACUAUACCUAUGAAUGGGAAAUGUGCUAUGUUGGUCUGUAAGGUGUCUGCAGAAGAUGACGAUAAAACAGGUUGUGUUCAUCAUUUCGAUUUUUUUGCUUCAUUGUUCAAUUAUGUUUUUCAAGUGCUGUGUUUGUCUUAACUUGAGGUCUGGUUCAUUUGUGAAAGCACUUUUCUUUAAUAAAAGUUUUAAAUAAUAAAAA